AUGACAAAACAAUUUAUUGAUUAUUGGGCUGCGAACGGUUCUGAGAGUCUCCACAGUGAUGCUAAAUUUUUGGAUGCAAAAUCAGCAGUACAAAAAGAGGCAAACAAUGUCAGUCGCAAAUGCACACCAGCCAUGUUUGAGCAAAGGAAUCGAAAUGGGGAAGUUGUAAAGCGUUCUUGGCUUUGUUUCUCCCCCGCAAAUGGGCGGGUCUACUGCUUCUUUUGCAAGCUAAUGGGUGUUUCAAGAUCUCAAUUCACAUCUGAUGGGUUCUGCGACUGGAAGCAUGCUAAUAGGCUUGUUGUCCAUGAGCAAUCAAAGGACCACAUUCAAGCAGUUUUGUCAGCAGCAAGUCGUGCAAAGGGAGCUGGAGGUAUAGAUUCUAAACUAACUACGCAUGUGGGUCAAAUUGAGCAGUAUUGGUGUAGUCUUCCAAGGCGAUUGAUCAGCGUGCUUAAAUUUAUAUGUGAAAGAGGGCUAGCUCUUCGUGGAGAUGAUGAAAUAAUUGGAUCUCCUCAUAAUGGAAAUUACUUGGGAUUACUAGAGCUUUUGGCCGAGUAUGAUGAUUUCCUCAGGCAACACGUCCAGAAUCAUGCUAAUCGUGGCACUGAUCCUGAUGAAGGCCAUAUUGAUGAACUAACUCUGAUAAUCAGAUACAUGGAGCAUGACACACCUGUUGAGAGAUUUGUGAAAUUCUUGCCAAAUCAAGGACAUUCUUCUACACAUCGUUAUGCAAUUCUUAGUUAUUUAUUGAAAACUGUAGAGUCUGGCCCGGUAUCUGUGCCAAAGGGGAUUUCCACAACAAGAUGGUCCUGUCGAGCAGCUGCAGUGAAAGCAGUUGUCCAAGGUUAUCUCCCAAUCCGUGAAGCACUUGCUAAAAUAGCUAGAGAUGAAAAUGAGACAAGCAAACCAUGUUAUGAAGCCAAUGGUCUCCAUGAUAAGAUGUGCAAGUUAGAGACUGCUAUUUAUGCUGUGUUUUGGCAUGACAUUCUUGGCAGAGUUGAUGCAACAAACCAUGCAUUGCAAGAUCCUAAACUCAAUUUGAACACAGCAGUAGCAAUGCUGAAGUCAUUGGAAUGUUUUGCACUAGAAAAAAGAGAUUGCUUCCAUGUUUAUGAGAAGAAGGGAAGGGAAAUGUCAGAAACUGGGGAUUAUUCACAGACACGCAAGCGUCAACGUAAUGUACGACUCAAUCCAUUGGAUUAUGGACGAUCAGAAGCAGCCCUCUCAGUCAGAAAAAUUUUGGGUUCAGAAUUUCCUUCCAGCAAUUGA